AUGGAUAUUCAAAAUAACGGGGACACUGAUCUUUUAGCAAGGUCAUUCAAUAAUUCAAGAUCAAUAAAUAUGGCCGAUCAAGAUACACGUUAUCGUCUUGUUCUACUUGGCGCUAGUCGUACAGGAAAAUCAUCUUUAAUUCAUAUGUUUUUAAAUGGAAAAUUUUUGGAUACAUAUAAAGAAACUGUUGAAGAUUUACACUAUCGAGAAUUUACUGUCGAUGAUAAAACGAUUAAAGUUGAUAUAUUGGAUACAGCUGGUAAUAUGGAAUUUCCUGCCAUGCGUCGUCUGUCAAUUGCAACAUCACAUGCAUUUAUACUUGUCUAUAGUGUAGAUAGUAUGUCAUCAUUUGAAGAAAUUCGUCGAAUCAUUGAACAAAUAAAAGAACAAAGAUCAAAUUAUGCUGAAAUUCCAAUUGUUGUCGUCGGAAAUAAAACAGAUCGUACAUCUGUUCGUGAAGUUGAAGAACAACAAGUACACACAAUGGUGAAUGAACUUGGCCCAUUGCAUUGUCGUAUAGCUGAAUGUACAGCACUUGAUCGUGCAUCAGUCAUUGAUGUAUUUCUUAAACUACUUAGUCUUGUACAACUUUCAGCAGCAAGACAAUUAAGUCCUAUACUGAGACGUAAAGUCAGUGAAAGACUUAAAAAAAAAGAAUUCGAAGAAAAGAAUGACAAAAGUAUUAAUCGUAGUCGAAGUCUCAUACGACGAACAUCUAUGAAAAAAAAAGCAGCAACAUCAUCAGCAUCAUCUGGUAGUGGUGAUAAAAAUUGUCAAGAAACACCCGAUUGUUUAGUGUCUUAA